UCCCCCCCCUCCUCUCUGCGCGCGGAUCCCUCCGCGCCGCGCUCCGCUCCCUCCGCCCCGCACUGUUUGGGAGCAACCGCGGCCGAGAGCGAGAGAGGGGAGAGAGAGACAGAGGCACGGAGACGCAGAGCAGCGCUCCCGCUCGGCGCUCCCGCAGCGCAGGCCCCGGCCCUCGGCCCUCAGCCAUGUCCCUCAAGCAGACGGCGGCCGCCUCGCAGCCCGCCGGCAACAACCGCAAACCCCCCGGCGGCGGUGGAAGUGGAGGAGGAGGAGGCGGCGGCCUGCCGUCAGCAUCGGGUGGCGGGAGGCAGAACAUGGGCAGAGGUCGCAGCAGUGGCAAAGGACCGCCUCAGCCCACAAUUUCUUUUGAUGGCAUCUAUGCAAACAUGAGAAUGGUUCACAUACUUACAUCAGUUGUUGGAUCCAAAUGUGAAGUACAGGUGAAAAAUGGUGGUAUAUAUGAAGGAGUUUUUAAAACCUACAGUCCUAAGUGUGAUUUAGUGCUUGAUGCUGCUCAUCGGAAAACUGCAGAAUCCAGUUUGGGGCCAAAACGUGAAGACAUACUAGAAAGUAUUUUAUUCAAGUCUUCAGAUUUUGUUAUGGUGCAUUUUAAGGAUAUGGAUACCAAUUACGCAAGAAGAGAUGCUUUUACUGAUUCAGCCAUCAGUGCUAAAGUAAAUGGUGAGCACAAAGAAAAGGAUCUUGAGCCGUGGGAUGGAGGAGAGACCAGCGCUAACGAGGAGCUUGAGGCACUGGAGACAGAUGUUUCCAAUGGAUGGGAUCCCAAUGACAUGUUUCGUUACAAUGAAGAAAAUUAUGGUGUAAUAUCAACAUAUGACAGCAGUUUAUCUUCUUACACGGUGCCAUUAGAAAGAGAUAAUUCAGAAGAGUUUUUGAAACGGGAAGCCAGAGCAACUCAAUUAGCAGAGGAAAUUGAAUCAAGUGCCCAAUACAAAGCUCGGGUUGCCUUGGAAAAUGAUGAAAGAACAGAAGAAGAAAAAUAUACUGCUGUUCAGAGAAAUGCUAAUGAGCGAGAAGGUCAUGGUGUGAACACUAGGGAAAGUAAGUACGUCCCACCUGGCGGGAGAAACAGGGAUGUUCUGUCCUGGGGAAGUGGAAGACAAAAUUCACCAAGGAUGGGCCAGUCUGGAUCAGGCCCACCAAUUUCAAGGUCUGGAUCCCACACUUCAGAUUUCAGUCCUAACUCUGGAGCAGAUCAAAGAGUAGUUAACGGAGGUGUUCCCUGGCCAUCGCCUUGCCCAUCUCCUUCCUCUCGCCCACCUUCUCGCUACCAGUCAGGUCCCAACUCUCUUCCACCUCGGGCAGCCACCCCUACACGGCCGCCCUCCAGGCCCCCCUCGCGGCCCUCCAGGCCCCCGUCUCACCCCUCUGCUCAUGGUUCUCCAGCUCCUGUCUCUACUAUGCCUAAACGCAUGUCUUCAGAAGGGCCUCCACGGAUGUCUCCUAAGGCACAACGGCACCCUCGAGGUCACAGAGUCUCUACUGGUAGGGGUACAAUUUCAAGUGGCUUAGAAUUUGUAUCUCAUAAUGCACCAGGGGAAGCAUCUACUACUGCAGUGGCACGAGGCAGCCCUUCAGGUGGGACGUGGUCAUCAGUUGUCAGUGGGGUUCCAAGAUUAUCCCCUAAAACACACAGGCCUAGGUCCCCAAGGCAGAGCAGCACUCCUGCAGGACCAGCUCUGCCUUCUCCUCAGCCUGGUACUAUUCCCACUGAAUCUGUUGCCAUGCCUGUUCCAGCUGCCUCUCCGACACCUGCCAGCCCUGCAUCCAACAGAGCAGUUACCCCUUCCAAUGAAGCUAAAGAUACCAGGCUUCAGGACCAGAGGCAAAAUUCUGCAGCUGGAAACAAGGAGAAUAUAAAGCCAAGUGAGACUUCUCCUAGUUUUCCUAAACCUGAAAGCAAAGGUGUAUCUCCAAUUGUUUCAGAACAUAGAAAACAGAUUGAUGAUUUAAAGAAAUUUAAGAAUGACUUUAGGUUACAGUCAAGUUCCUCUUCAGAUGCAGUGGAUCAGCUGCUAAACAAAACCCGAGAAGGUGAAAAAUCAAGAGAUGUAGUUAAAGAAAAGACAGACCCAGCCCCUAAAGAACCUAUCAUAGAAACUGGCAGUAAUACUAACUCUAAUGGUGGCAGUAGCAAACCCAAUAGUCCUAGUAUUUCUCCAUCAAUAAGUAAUAGCUCUGAGCAAAAGCGAGGGCCGGAGGUAACUUCACAAGGUGUACAGACAUCUGGUCCAGGAAGCAAACAAGAUAAAGAGGAUAAAGAGGAGAAGAAGGAUACUUCUGAGCAAGUUAGAAAAUCAACACUGAAUCCUAAUGCAAAAGAAUUCAACCCUCGAUCUUUUGCUCAGCCGAAGCCUUCUACUACACCAACCUCCCCUCGCCCACAAGCUCAACCAAGCCCUUCCAUGGUGGGCCAUCAGCAGCCAACUCCAGUGUACACUCAGCCUGUUUGUUUUGCACCAAAUAUGAUGUACCCGGUUCCAGUGAGUCCAGGCGUGCAGCCUUUGUAUCCUAUACCCAUGACGCCCAUGCCAGUGAACCAAGCCAAGACAUAUAGAGCAGGUAAAGUACCAAAUAUGCCACAGCAGCGGCAAGACCAACAUCAUCAGAGCACCAUGAUGCACCCUGCCUCAGCAGCAGGCCCUCCAAUUGUAGCUACACCACCUGCUUAUUCAACACAGUAUGUUGCAUAUAGUCCCCAGCAGUUUCCUAAUCAGCCUCUUGUGCAGCAUGUGCCACACUACCAGUCGCAGCAUCCUCAUGUUUAUAGCCCUGUAAUACAGGGCAACGCUAGAAUGAUGGCACCACCAACUCAUGCACAGCCUGGUUUAGUAUCUUCUUCUGCAACACAGUAUGGUGCGCAUGAACAGACGCAUGCUAUGUAUGUUUCCACUGGCUCACUUGCUCAGCAGUAUGCCCACCCUAAUGCUACCCUGCAUCCGCACCCUCCGCAUCCUCAGCCUUCGGCUACGCCAACUGGCCAGCAGCAAAGCCAACAUGCUGGAAGCCACCCUGCUCCUAGCCCCGUGCAGCAUCAUCAGCACCAGGCUGCUCAGGCACUCCACCUGGCAAACCCACAACAGCAGUCGGCAAUUUACCACGCAGGUCUAGCUCCAACCCCACCUUCCAUGACGCCAGGCUCCAAUACGCAGUCUCCACAAAAUAGUUUUCCUACAGCACAACAAACAGUCUUCACCAUUCAUCCCUCCCAUGUUCAACCUGCAUAUACCAAUCCGCCACACAUGGCCCAUGUCCCCCAGGCUCAUGUACAGUCAGGAAUGGUUCCUUCUCACCCAACUGCCCAUGCUCCAAUGAUGCUAAUGACGACACAGCCACCUGGUGGUCCCCAAGCCGCCAUCGCUCAAAGUGCACUACAGCCCAUUCCAGUCUCGACAACAACACAUUUCCCCUAUAUGACGCACCCUUCAGGUGAGGAGUGUGUGCCCGGGAGACCUGCACCGUAACUGAGCCAGGUCACAGUAGCGAGGAGAACUGUUACGAACCAGAUUUGGGGAAAAGAAUGACAAAAAAAAAAUAAAAAGCCAUCAGAAAACAAAUGGAAGAUGUCCUUUUUAGAUGGCGGGCUGCUGAUGGCAAACUGUUUGUGCAUUUAGCGUUUGUACGUUGCCAGCCCAAAUACAAGCAUGCCAGAUUUAGCUAAUGUAGCAAAGACCUUGUUUCUGUGUAGCUGAAGUACAGAAGUGGAUAACUGUGCAGACACUGACACGGUGGGGCUGUGUUCUUCCAGGUAUUGCCGUGGUUUUGCUGUGGGGAAUGGACUGUCUGCGUAGCCUGCUCAUAAUGAUCCGGGGGGUUGUUAAAUUUAAAGCGAUCGGUCCCAAGGACAGGAGUGACAGUGUUGCUUGGGGUUAGUGCUGUUAGACUUCUACUGACCGAAGUAAGGUGACAAUUGAAGUCUAUUCUUUAAUUCAGAGUAAUAUUCUGCAGCUUUACUUUUGGGGAAAAGUAGGUGCUAUAUGACUUCUUUCCGCUUUAAAGUUACUUAGAUGUCUUUAUCGUUAUUUGUUUCCAAACAGCCUCUGAUGUUAUGUCUUGGGGAAUGUGUGAGCAGAACAAGCUGCUUUGUGAGGGUUUAGGGAGGAGAGAAACAUCCAAAGGACAUCUCGAUAUGCAGGGUAUUGUUUUGUUCUUUAAAAGGAAAAGGAAAAGAAAAAGAAAGUUGAGCUCAGUAGUUGUCCUGUGACCACUUUACUAGCAAACUGUUGUGUGGCUUGCCAAUCUAUUAUUUACAUUUGAACUUUUUUUUUACAGUACAAGCCCACCACCAACAGCAGUUGUAAGGCUCAUCUGGAAUAACUGAAAGGCUGGAUACCUUUUGUAGGCCAAAUACCCUCCUUCUACUGCUUCUGCCAACUGGAAGCACAGAAAACUAGAAUUUCAUUUUAUUUUGUUUAAAAAAAAAAAAAAAAUUGAUUUCUUGUAACAUCCACUAGGAAUGCUAACAGUUCAUCUUGCAGUGGGAGAGAUUCGGACUGAGUAGAGGCAUUUAGGAACUUGUGGGCUAUUCCAUAAUUCCAUGCACUGUAUCUGAGUCCUGCAAGUGCCCCAACUCUGCUUGCUGAAAACUGGAAGUUAUUUAUUUUUUAAUGACCCUUCAAAGUUAUGAACUCAUCAGCUAGCAAAAGAAGUAACAAGAGUGAUUCUUGCUGCUAUUAUCACUAAAAAUCAAGACUUGGAGAUCCCUUUUACUUCUAACUAAACUUGAAACAGGUUCAGUAAAAAAAAAAAAAAAAAAUUCUAAUCGUCAAACUGAUGAAUUAUUAUUUAUAAAUCACGUUUGAUGAGAUGAUCACUAUCGUGAGACAGUGAUGUAACUUUUAAGUUAAGAAAACUUUUACUUUGUAGAUAAUAUAAAAUAAAAACUAAAAAAAAAAUUAAAAAAUAAAAAAAGUUUUAAAAACUGA